UGGGGAGACAAUACACAGUUUUUACACAGCAACAAACAUUUACAGAAAAAGCUUUACCUUUCAUUUCCUAUUUGCACAUUUGAAGAAAAGAAAAAUGGCGUCUAACCAACAAAGCUACAAAGCUGGUGAAACCAGAGGCAAGACUCAGGAGAAGACAGGACAAGCUAUGGGAGCGAUGAGGGACAAGGCUGAGGAAGGCAGGGACAAGACUUCCCAAACGGCCCAAACAGCCCAACAAAAGGCUCAGGAGACGGCCCAGGCAGCGAAAGAGAAGACAUCUCAAGCUGCCCAAACGACGCAGCAAAAGGCGCAUGAGACAGCACAGGCAACGAAAGAUAAGACCUCUCAAGCUGCCCAAACGACCCAGCAAAAGGCUCAUGAGACGACCCAAGCAGCAAAAGACAAGACAUCUCAAGCUGCCCAGACGGCUCAAGAGAAAGCCCGUGAGACGAAGGACAAGACAGGAAGUUACAUGUCCGAGACAGGAGAAGCCAUAAAGCAGAAGGCUCAAAACGCUGCUCAGUACACAAAGGAGACGGCUCAAGAAGCGGCUCAGUACACAAAAGAGACGGCUGAAGCAGGUAGAGACAAGACCGGUGGGUUUUUGAGCCAGACAGGUGAGCAAGUGAAGCAGAUGGCGAUGGGUGCAGCUGAUGCGGUGAAACACACUUUUGGGAUGGCUACGGAGGAAGAAGACAAGGAACAUUAUCCAGGCACAACUACGACCACUACUGGUACUACUCGGACCACUGAUCCUACUCAUCAUACUUAUCAGAGGAAGUGAUGAUAGCAAGAGAAUUAUGAACGUGUCUUUUCUUUUGUUUCUAUAAUGUCUUGUUUGGUCUUUUGACUUUUCCGUGUCUUUGUUUGUUAUCUCUGUUGUGUCCUUGUGUUUGUGAUUCCCUCAUGCGUCUUUUGUUGUGACGGUGAUCCUGGAGACUUCUAAUUUCCAGCCAAUAAGUUUAGAUUUGAUCCCAUUGCAACUUUUGUAUCGUCCAAUUUGUAUUCUUGUUUUAAA